AUGAGCCUACCUCCAUCACCAAGUCCAGAAGGAACUCAAGAAGAAGGGAAUUCUCAUAAUUCUAGUACUAUAAGUCAUUUGUCGGCCAAGAUAAAGCUACCAAAAUUGAGUUUAAAGAAGUUUAAGGGAGAUAUUAAGGAGUGGACUCCAUUUUGGAACAGUUAUACUUCAGCUAUUUAUGACAAUCCUGACCUAAGUGAUAUUGAUAAAUUUAACUAUUUGAACUCCCUACUUGAAUCAAAGGCAGCAGACGCAAUUUCUGGGUUAAAGAUUAUUUAUGCAAACUAUCAGGAAGCAGUUGACGUGUUAAACCAGAGAUUUGGCGACAAGCAACAGAUUAUUAAUUCGCAUAUGGACAGCCUUCUUCAACUACCUGCAGUAACAAGCCUUCAUGAUGUUCAAACAAGGUUGAAUCGCAUAUCAGAGGUCUCAAGUCUUUGGGAGUAA